CCUAUACACGUCACAUUUAUAUUGCGACUGCUUUUGGUUGAGGAACAGGACUACGCCAGAUUAGUAUAAAUAAACAAGCUAUCCAAAAAAAAAAAAUGUUGUAGGCUAUUUAAAAUUCACAUUCAGUCCUUUGUGAGAAAUCCUUUGGAAUCCCAAUUUCCAUUCAAGAGUAUUCCUCAAUGAAAUGGACUCUGACCAUGGCCGUGGAGCUCGAGCAUCUCCGCUUCUUCGGCUGCUGCUGUGGAUUUCUGUCACAGCAGUGCGAACAUGUCGGGACAUGCCUGCGUGUCCCCCGCGCGUAUAUACACUUGACUGGCCAAAUGUGCCAGUCAACUUCAACCACAAGCUAAACUGGACCGAAUUUACCCAAAGCCACAGGAGAGGGUUACUUUAAUGGGACAGAGAAUUAAGUGACUGCUGAUUGUCCCUGCCGCAAUAUAUGGAAUGGAUUGUUCGAUGGACGAGUAUUACCACAGUGGUCAAUGCCACAAAUGCCCACAAUGUCCACCUGGCCAAGAGCUGAAAGAGGACUGUGGUUAUGGUGUGGGUGUAUCAUCAGUGUGUGGCAUAUGUGAUGUUCGGUGGUUUAAGGAAGACUGGGGCUCUCACCCUUGCGCACUGUGCCAGAACUGCCGCAGACUCAAUAGACACCAAAUCAAGCGCUGCACACACACAGACAACGCAAUGUGUGGAAACUGCCUCCCUGGUUUUUACAGCAAAAUACGGCUGGAUGGACUAGAAGAUUUGGAAUGCCUUCCAUGUGGCCCCGCCCCCUUCAGAAACAUACAGUGUAGCCGAGGAGAAGCGACUGGUGCGGCAAAAUUCCAGACCUCAGCACCUCCCAUCCAAAAUGUAUCAUCCAUAGUGACCGCUUGUGCAGCAACAGCUAUAUUAACAUCCAUCCUAUUUGCAAUUGUGUGUGUCACCUACCAGACACGGGCUUCACUCAGGAAAACAUGCAAAUGUUGUUUAUCAGUAACAGUCAAUAACAGUCACCAAGACAGUGACGCAGCUUCGGUUCCCAUAACAACCCUACAUACAGUGAUGCAGGAUGCAGAAGUGGACACAUCAAAUCCAUGCCCGCUAUUGAAGGAUCCCUGCACGCUUGAUGACAUCACCACCACGACAACCUCUGAUCUUGGCCUGAAUGGGUGUGAGGUUCUUCAUCUGGUGCGAAGCUCGGCCUGCACUGAUCCUGCAACAGGAGUCAUCAUGCAGGCAACAGAAACACCUGAAGUUUCUUUUUCAGACUCUGCCCUUUCCAGACAGCAUGCCAUUCUCACUCUAGUAGGAGGACAGUCUACAGUGAGGCCCUGCUGUGCCGUAGAGCAGCAGACAGCCUGGGGACUUCAUGCUCCGGUAGAAUGCACUGAACUGGACCUUCAGCAUCUCUCGACCCCCAGAGCUCCAGACAUUAAGACCUUCAUAGCCAGAAAUAUCCCACAGUGCCCCCAGGCCUGAUGCUGCAGGACCUGGAGAGUAGAAAGCGAGAGGGGAAUCUGGAAAAGGAGAUUGUUAACGUAAAAAGAGAUAACAGCUGCAAACCUAUGAUCAUGGUAAUGAGUCACCUAAGGAUGCAACAUACACACUCAGUACAAACUAGUAAGUGAAGCAAGUGUGUUACUGUAGUUUGACAUUUCUGCAAUUUGAGGAACAGGUUGUUAUGAGCACAAAAGGGCAUUAACAGAAAAAAAAAUAUAUCAGUUAUCACAAGUCACACAUUUGGUAGAGUACAUUGAUUCAUUGAACUGCUGCUGCUACUCCACUUUGUAAAUACUUGUUGACUAGUCGCCAAGUACCUCAGUGAUGCGGGUCAUGUUCCACAUUGAUUGGUACAUGUUUACUGCUUCAAGUGCUGGAGUUUAUGAAAAGUGGGCUUAAUUUUGCUAAUCACUGGAUUUAUAACUAACACUACUAUUACUAUUACUGAUGACAGCCUCAUACAAUAGUACCUGAUUUACUGUUUACUUUGCUCAAAUUUUCUCCAGUUUGGACUGAAGAGUAGUACGCUGCCAAAGCAAACCAAACUGGCUUAUGCCUGAGCUGUUUCACAUUACUAGGCUUUGCCACUGCAUUAUAACUAAAAACCAGUAAUAAUUUUUCAUCAAUUUGACAAUUGAUUUUUUUUCCAUCAAUUUAUUGUACACUAAAUUUAACUGACAGCCUGUGUAGGAAAAAAAUAUGCUGGAGGAAGGGAAUUCUGGCCAUAUCAGGUUGUUGUGUGAAACAGGCUUAUGCUUUAUCAGUUAUUAUACCACGGGGCUGUUGAUGUCCAUAUCACUUCCUUAAAUUAUUUCAGUUAUUUCAAAAGUCCUGAUUUACAACAGCAAGAAUGAAAAUACACCAAAUUAUUUCCAUGUUUUGCCACAAAAUUACAUUUUAUUAUGUAUGGCACAUACUCUUGUCCUCCCGCUCUCUGUCCCUUACUAACACACACACAGAUAGUACAGACACACACUCGCACACGGAGAUACAAGCAUAGAAAUGUGUUGUUAACACUGCUCAGACAAAAUUAUCAGUUAAAUAGUUUAUCAACUUAAAGGCUACUUGUUAUUGUUUACUAGCGAGGUAAUAACAGCACUGUACUUGAAGCAGAUGAACUGUUUCACUAUUCUGCUGUGAAUAUGCUGAUGACAUGCUGCUGCCAAACACUGAUGAGACACACACAGACUCUGGUAAUUCAAACAAACUUAAUCUCUCUCUCUCUCUCUCUCUCUCUCUCUCUCUCUCUCUCUCUCUAUCUCAUAACUGCAUUAAUAACUACAGUAGAUUAAAGCUUCCCAAACCUGUCCUGGAGGUCCCCCUGCCCUGCACCUUUUGUAUGUCUCCCUUAUCUAACACACCUGAU